CCUCUCGCUACUUUAUCGUCGUCGGUAACAACCGCCCGCCAUGCAACUCCGACUCUCGACGCUGGCCGUGGCCGCCACCACGCUCCUGGCUACCGCCCACGGCCUCUCGCCCCAAGAUAUCCCGGGCGACCUCCCCGUGUCGUCGCUCCUGACGUCGGCGCAGACGCAUUUGUCCCGCGGCGAGACCAGCGAGGCCCUCGUCUACUACGACGCCGCCCUCGCCCGCGAUCCCUCCAACUACCUGACGCUCUUCAAGCGCGCAACCACAUACCUCUCCCUCGGCCGCACCACCCACGCCACCGACGACUUCAACAAGGUGCUGUCGCUCAAGCCCGGCUUCGAAGGCGCCCAUCUGCAGCUGGCCAAGAUCCGCGCCCGCUUCGCCGACUGGGAUGGCGCCAAAGCCCAGUUCCAGGCUGCUAGUCGCGGCGCCGACUCGGCCGAGGUCAAGGAGCUCGAGGAGGCCAAGCUCGCCGCCGCGCUGGCCUCAAUGGCUGAGCAGGGCGAGAAGUGGGAUGAAUGUGUGAACCACGCCGGCACCGCCAUCUACAUCGCCAACAAGUCGCCCACCCUGCGCGAGAUGCGCGCCCGCUGCCGUUUCCAGCGCGGCGAGGUUGAGGAGGGCAUGGGCGAUCUCCAACACGUUCUGCAGCUGAGGCCCGGCAACACUACUCCCCACGUUCUCAUCUCCGCCACCACCUUCUACGGAUUGGGCGAUCUGGACAACGGUCUGGCCCAGGUGCGCAAGUGCCUACACUCCGACCCCGACUCCAAGGUCUGCAAGAAGUUGCACCGCCAGGAGAAGGUCAUCCACAAGGCCUACACGAAGAUCCAGGGCCAAUUGAACCGCGGCCAAACGACCACCGCAGGGAGGUCUCUUGUGGGAACCGCCGAGGAGCCGGGCUUGGUCCCUGAGAUCCGGAAGCAGGUCGACGAGCUCUUGGAGAACGGAAGCAUCCCGGCCCAUGCCAGGGUGAAGUUGGUGGAGGAAGUGGUCGAGAUGACCUGCCAAGCAUAUUCUGAGUCCGCCCACAAGGACGCCUCCAAGUACUGUGAUGAGGCUCUCAGCCUGCACCCCAACUCCUUCUGGGGACUGCUCCACCUGGGCAAGACGCAGCUCAAGGAUGAGCGGUACGAGCCCGCCAUCCAGACUCUCCAGAAGGCCGCCGAGGUGCGCCCUGACCGCAAGGACAAGGUCAACCCCAUCCUGCAAAAGGCCCAGAUCGCCCUCAAGCGCAGCAAGACCAAGGACUACUACAAGGUGCUCAACGUGGCCAGCGACGCCGACGAGCGUCAGAUCAAGUCAGCCUACCGCAAGGCGUCGAAGCAGUUCCAUCCGGACAAGGCCGCCAAGCAGGGCAUCAACAAGGAGGACGCAGAGAAGAAGAUGGCCUCCAUAAACGAGGCCUACGAGGUCCUCAGCGACCCGGAGCUGCGCGCCCGCUUCGACCGUGGCGACGACCCCAACAACCAGGAGCGCGGCGGCAACCCCUUCCAGGGCAACCCCUUUGGAGGUGGUGGUGGUGGCCAUCCGUUCAUGUUCCAGCAGGGCGGCGGCGGCGGCGGCAACUUCAAGUUCCAGUUUGGAGGACAGCAGUUUGGGUUCUAAGCUGCAUCUGCAGCUGCAUAUUUGGGUUCGGGGAACAAGUCAUUUCGUGUACUACAAAAGGGCGCCCGUGCAGGCGUGCGUGGCUGGUGUUUUGGUGUUGGCUCGUCAACGUAGCUUUAGAUAUACCUCGAGAAUUGAAGCAUUUUGGGUUCCUCUUCA